AUGGAGGGCGUAUCGCUGCUGGAGCGAUACCUGGAGAGCUGCAGCGGGCAGGAUGACUUCUCCACUAGUCCUCAUCUGUUCACUCCUAUGAGCCCUUAUGAUUUAGAACUUCCAAUUCAAGCAUCUUCCCAGUUAAGUGAGUCCAAGGAGCUCCACACAGACUUCUCCUCCGUGGACCUCAGCUUUCUCCCAGAUGUCACCCAAGACAACAAAGAACAAAGCCUCUCUGAGGAUGGUCAGGAAACCCAAAAAGAGCUUGAUGGGUCACUCCCAAGUAAGGAGGACAGUGGUGUUUUCAUGGAUGAGAGCAGCUUGUCACAUCCAGGUGCAGCUGAGCCAUCUCCUGAAGCUCCUGGCGUGUGUCCUCCCCUGACUCCGAUGACUCCGAUCACCCCGGCAACAUCUGCCUCAGAAAGUUCUGGAAUAGUCCCCCAGCUGCAGAAUAUUGUGUCAACUGUAAACUUGGCUUGUAAACUGGAUCUGAAGAACAUAGCUCUGCGUGCCAGAAAUGCAGAGUAUAACCCAAAGAGGUUUGCUGCUGUCAUCAUGAGAAUCAGGGAACCACGAACAACAGCCCUCAUAUUCAGUUCAGGAAAAAUGGUCUGCACAGGAGCAAAAAGUGAAGAGCAGUCGAGGCUGGCAGCCAGGAAAUACGCACGGGUGGUGCAGAAGCUCGGCUUCCCUGCCAAGUUCUUGGACUUCAAGAUCCAGAAUAUGGUGGGGAGCUGUGAUGUGAGGUUCCCCAUCCGCCUGGAGAGCCUGGUUCUCACCCACCAGCAGUUCAGCAGCUAUGAGCCUGAACUAUUCCCUGGCCUGGUUUAUAGGAUGGUCAAACCAAGGAUAGUGCUGCUGAUCUUUGUGUCUGGGAAAGUUGUACUGACUGGAGCAAAAGACCGUUCUGAAAUCUAUGAGGCAUUUGAGAACAUCUACCCCAUUUUAAGAGGCUUCAAGAAACCAUUGUGA